UAAAAAUCAAUAAUUUGGUUGGGGUUUCACGCUGAGGGCGCUGUGUACGUGGUUGGAGUACACAGAGGGUUUUGUUAAUUGUUGGUUGUUUUAAUUGUUAGUUUAUUCAUAGUGAAUGGUAGUUGUUAGUUAUUGUUGUAAAUUUAAGAUUGUUAAACGAAGGACUUGUGUAAUAUUAUACGUUGACAUAAAAUCACCUCGGAAAAUGGAUAAUGGACUAGGGUAUUCAUAUCAUUUACCUUCAGGAGGAUGGAGUUUGAAAAUACGGAAUACAUUGACGCAAUUCAGCGAUUUGUUUAGCGAAUUUAACAAAUAUAUUGCACCUGCCUAUCAUCAUGAUCGAUGUGAAAGAUCAGUACCAAUGCGCCUUUACUCGAUGCACAAACGCGAGUUCGUGAUGGUCUUCGUUGCGUUUUUCGCAUGUUUUGGCCUCGCGGUGUUCAUAGGACUCGCGGGUCCACCGAUAACUUCAACCUUGGAAGAAAAGGCGAAAUCUAACAGCACGGAUAUGGCCAGCGGCCCUUUUAUUAUGAAAACUCCAGCUUUGUCAACUUAUAGCCAGCAGUUGUGGAUCAUUGCCAAGUUCUCGACGUCUAAUACUGAUGAUGAAAGGUAUGACAAGAGUUUCCAAGUAAGUGUCAAAAUAGACGGAGUAACUGAAGAUGAUAAAUUAGUACCCGUGCUAAGUAGCGAGACUGCUCAUCGCAACAGGACGAGGCACUUAAAGUGCGAAAGACAAGUUUGUGAAGAAUUGAUAGUUGCGCAUCUCGGAUCUCUUGAUUACACGCAUUAUAUUUUAACAGUACGGUUCUAUGGACUCGAGGGCUUCCAUCAGCGGUAUUCGAUUAGAGACUUGAGUUUUUAUUUCAAAAAUUACAAUCCAGCAUUCACGCAGAUAGAAAUAUGGUUCCGACUGAUAUUUCUUCUUGCAGCCUUUAUUGUUACGUGUUGGUUUGGACACUCACUCAAGAAAUAUCCGAUAAAUGAUUGGUCUAUUGAACAAAAAUGGGUAUCAGUACUCCUUCCACUUCUUAUUCUUUACAACAAUCCGUUUUUCCCCCUGAUUUUCUUAAUAAACUCAUGGGUACCAGGAAUGUUGGACGCGAUCACGCAGACAACAUUUCUCUGCGCCAUUUUGAUGUUCUGGCUCUGUGUCUAUCACGGCCUAAGACAAAAUGACAGAAGACUAUUAACAUUUUACCUACCAAAAUUAUUGGUAGUUGGAUCUUUAUGGUGUUCAGCUCUAACUCUCGCUACCUGGUUAAGAUGGACGGAACUCGAGGACCCUACUUAUGACUACGCUCUCGAUACAUCUAAUUACUAUGGAUUCAAAGUCUUCUUUUUCACAAUUGGAGCAAUUUAUAUCGCGUAUUUACUCCUAUUAAUGUUGAGAGCGUACAGCGAAUUGCGUGCCAUGCCAUAUUUUGAUCUAAGACUUAGAUUUUUAACUCUGCUAGCAGUGAUAGUAGCAACCGUGUCAGGAAUCGUCACAUCUAGACAUUUUGGUGCUGGAGUUCUUGAAGACAGUUUUGCAUCUCGUUUGUCGACUUAUUACCGUACAUCAGCACAAUUCAUGGCUCUUUAUGGACUUCUCAAUUUUUAUCUGUACACUAUGGCAUACGUUUACUCUCCAGGGUUACAACAAGUCUAUGGACAGCAUUCAUCAAUAACAAAAGACAAUCCGACAUUUUCAAUGAUUAACGAAUCAGAUGAAGAUAUUCUCUACGGCUCUGAUGAAGACAGCCGGCGACCGUUAACCAGAGCCACAAGAAAUACCGACGACAGUGAUUAAAAAUCAAAUGAAUUAAUUAAUCAAUUACUUUUUAAAUAAUUAACAGUCAUUACUAAUAAAUGACUAUAAAUAACUUAAGAAAUUCACAAACUUUUUUAGCGGUAAAUUUAUAGAUAACUUAUUUAAAAAUUAAGACUCAAAAAUUUACCACUAAAAAGUGAAUUAAAAUUACUAAUUACCGUAUAUUAUUAUUAGUAUGACUAAAUGACAAUAUACAGCUGGUUAAAUUAAUCUAUAAAAAAUUAAUUAACAGUUUAAACCAAAAGGGACAAGUGCAAAAAUUGAAAUGUUUUUUUUUUUAAUAAAUUAUAAAUAUUUUUAUGUACAUAUAGUUCAUUGUUAUGUAAUCAAUAUAUCAAUAUUUGAUAAUUAAAUUAUUAAUAAUAAAUGUUUGUAAUAUUAUAAAACUAAUAAAUUUUUUUUCAUUUAUUCAAAUUUCUCGCUGGUUCUGGAGUUUCCUAUUGGCCAGACGCUUCGCGGCUUUUUAUCGCGGCUAGUGCAGAAAUUCAGUAACCGUCAGCUCACACAUACACAUAUACAUAUGCGUGUAAGUUGGCGUCAACACAGAACAUAGUUCACAAAGACGGUUAGGAAGUUUAGUUUAAAGUCUCUUUACUUAUCGCGUUGCUUUUGUAGUAGCACAAUAUUAUUCAGUAAUAAGUAUAAAGAUUUUUGGAAGGAGGAACUUUCUUUAAAUAUUUUCAACAUGCC